AUGGAGGAACAAAUAGAAGGGUCUAAUAAGAAGGUGAUGGUGAUCAUUGAUGAGAGUGAGUACAGUUAUCAUGCAUUCAUGUGGGUACUUGAUCAUCUCAGAGGAUUCAUUACUGACUCACCGCUUGUCAUCUUUGCUGCGCUACCUACUCCUAACUGUAACUUUGCAUAUGGGGCACAACUUGGCACCGCUGCCUUGUAUUGUCCAGUCUCGCCCAAUUUGAUCGGUGCCAUGCAAGAAACGAGUAAGAAGGUCUUAUUGGGUAUCUUGGAGAAAGCUGUGAAUAUCUGUGCUAGUCGAGGGGUGAAAGCAGAGAUAAUCGCAGAAGCUGGGGAGCCUUAUGAGCUCAUAAGCAGUGCUGUUCAAAAGAAUAAAAUCAAUCUACUAGUGUUUAUCAACGAAUUCUUUUUGGAUCUGUGUAAAUCUCAUGAAUGGUAUGUACGGACUCCAUUCAAGAUGCGUUACUGCAUCAACAUGAAUAUGCCUUCUCGUGAGAUUAUGACAUACAACUAA